CUGGUCUGGGGAAAUGCAAAACCUUUCCAAAGGUUUUUCUUGGUUAGGAGAAGAAGAGAAAUGAGCGAGAGGAAUGACUAUUCCAGAGCUACAUGAAUAAUUUCCAACUUCUGGAGGAACAGUUCUGAACGUCCUUCCAGGCGCUGUCACGCUGGUGUUUCCUGGUGGGGAACUAGGAAGCGAGCUGGUUGUAGGCCCCUGGGACUUCCAGGCAGGUGAAGAGGCCAGGCUGUUUGGAGAGGUGGAGCGCAUUGCAGCGACUCUCUUUGGAAAAGCCCAGAAGAUGUCAGAGCUGCUCUCAGUCUUCCUCCGCCUCCUCUUUCUCUUCAAGGUGGUUGCCCCGGUAACCUUUCGCCACCACCGCUAUGAUGACCUUGUCCGAACGCUCUACAAGGUGCGCAACGAAUGCCCCCAAAUCACGCGGGUCUACAGCGUCGGGCGCAGCGUGCAGGGGAGACACCUCUAUGUGCUGGAAAUCAGUGACUACCCUGGAAUCCAUGAGCCCUUGGAGCCGGAGGUCAAGUACGUGGGGAACAUGCACGGCAACGAGGUGCUGGGCCGCGAGCUGCUGCUGCAGCUGUCCGAGUUCCUGUGCGAGGAGUUCCGCAGCGGGAACCAGCGCGUCGUGCGGCUGGUGCAGGACACGCGCAUCCACAUCCUGCCGUCCAUGAACCCGGACGGCUACGAGGUGGCGGCUGCCCAGGGCCCAAAUGAGCCAGGGUAUCUGGUUGGCAGGAACAAUGCAAAUGGAGUGGACCUGAACCGCAACUUCCCCGACCUCAAUACCUACGUCUACUACAAUGAGAAGCAUGGAGGUCCCAACCACCACUUGCCCCUGCCAGACAACUGGAAGAGUCAGGUGGAACCCGAGACACAGGCGGUGAUCCAGUGGAUGCACUCCUUCAACUUUGUCCUUUCGGCCAACCUCCAUGGAGGGGCAGUGGUGGCCAAUUACCCAUACGACAAGUCCCUUGAGCACCGGGUCCGAGGCUUCCGCAGCACUGCCAACACCCCCACCCCUGAUGAUAAGCUUUUCCAGAAGCUGGCCAAGGUGUACUCCUAUGCACAUGGAUGGAUGCACCAAGGGUGGAACUGUGGGGAUUACUUCCCAGACGGCAUCACCAAUGGGGCUUCCUGGUAUUCUCUCAGCAAAGGAAUGCAAGACUUUAAUUAUCUCCAUACCAACUGCUUUGAGAUCACCCUAGAACUGAGUUGCAACAAGUUUCCCCGCCAAGAGGAAUUACAGCGGGAGUGGCUGGGUAACCGGGAAGCUCUAAUCCAAUUUUUGGAACAGGUUCACCAUGGCAUCAAGGGAAUAGUGCUUGAUGAGAAUUAUAACAAUCUUGCAGGGGCUGUCAUUUCUGUCAGUGGGAUUAACCAUGAUGUCACUUCAGGUAGCCACGGUGAUUACUUCCGGCUGCUGCUUCCAGGUACCUAUACUGUCACUGCCACAGCACCCGGGUUUGACCCUGAGACAGUGACUGUGACUGUGGGUCCUGCAGAACCCGUACUGGUUAACUUUCAACUCACGAGAAGCAUCCCUCAAGCAAGCCCUGUGAGGAGAGCUCCCAGUGGAGGGCGCAAAGUCAAGGUGAAAGUGCAGCCGCGGGCAGCCAGGAAGAAAAAAAUGGAAAGGAAGCAGCCUUGGAGAGGCCCUGCCUGAAACCCACUUGCUGGGCAACCUGCUGUCAGAUCACAUGGUGCUUUCUUUUUUUUUUUUCUUUUUCUUUUUGAGAUAGAGUCUGAAGCUGUCACCCUGGGUAGAGUGCUAUGGCGUCAUAGCUCACUGCAACCUCCAACUCUUGGGCUCAAGUGAUCCUCUUGCCUCAGUUUUUCUAUUUUUAGUAGAGACGGGGUCUCACUCUUGCUCAGGCUGGUCUCAAACUCGUAAGCUCAGGCAAUCCACCAGCCUUGGCCUCCCAGAGUGCUAGGAUUACAGGCCGGAGCCACUACACCCGGCCAGGAGCAUACUUUCUAUUUUAUUAUUGGGGACAUAUUUGAAUAUAAACAUAUUCAGAACAGUUCAGAAUGGUCUCAUCUGUUCCAGGGUGAGCCCCCCUCUAGGCCCUCAUUAAGGGGAUCAGAACCUGUGAAGACUGGUGCAGUAGCACCCACAUCCAGCCGUGCUUGGCAAGCUUCUCCCGUCCUGGGUGCGUAGUUGAGGCUUCACGCCAAUCUGCACUGUCUCCUGAGGCUGGCUCUGGAACAGCACAGAGUUUGCACCGUGGUAAGUGCUCAGUGAAGAUUUCUGACUAAUGACUGAAAUGCUGAAGGGAUCCAUCAUUCGGGAUCAUUUCAGCAAUAGCCAAUAACAUCUCAGUAAGAAAAAGAUUGGACACGCAAAUACUGAGCCCCGUAGGUACCUAUCUCUGCACAUGGGAAUUUUAAAUAAUAUGCACCUUGCAAAACAUUUCCUGGCUGUGUAAGUAUGAUGCAGAUGGCUGCGGGGAAGGGCUCUGUCCGGACUUGUGCCCAGCAGUGCACUCUGCACCUGCAGAGCUGCCCAGAAAGAGCCCUUUUGUGCUCAAGAGCAUCAUAAAGUAGAUGUUACUGAAGAUUUUGAAGGGAUGCGUAGUUUUGCAUCACAUACUUCACAGCACACAAAGGCACUUAGAGGUUCCCAAGUCCUCUCUCUCUAGGGCCAAGUGGGAGUUCUUUACCAUGCACCCCAUUUCAGGGCUAAUCCUCUGUUAGGAUGGGCUCCAGACUCCCCACCUGUUCUCCUCCCACCAGGACCUCUAAUUAGCAUAGCCCUUUCUUGAUACUCAGCACUUCAGCUACUCUAAAUAAGUAUAGUCGGGCAUCAGAGUGAUGCUUCAGUCAACAACAGACUGCAUGUGUGAUGGUGGUCCCACCAGAUUAUAAUGUUGAAUUUUAACUGUACCUUUUCUAUGUUUAGAUACACACAAAUUUACUAGUGUGGUACAAUUACCUACAGUAUUCAGAACAGUAACAUGCAGUACAGGUUUUUUGGGGGUGUGUGUGUUGUUUUUUUUUGAGACACAGUCUCACCUUGUCCCCCUGGGUAGAGUGCCAUGGUGUCAUAGCUCACAGCAACCUCAAACUCCUGGGCUCAAGCAAUUUUCCUGACUCAGCCUCCCAAGUAUCUAGGACUACAGGUAUCUGCCACAAUACCUGCUAAUUUUUCUAUUUUUAGUAGAGACGGGAUCUCACUCUUGCUUGAACUGGUAACUCCUGAGCUCAAGCAAUAAUCCUGCCUCAGCCUCCCAGAGUGCCAGGAUUACAGGCCCGGGCAGUGGCACCCAGCCUUGUAGUACAAGUUUGGAGCCCAGGAGCUAUGGGCUGUACUGCACAGCCUGGGCGUGUUGUCGGCUACAGCAUCUGGGUUUGGGAAGGGCACACUCAAGACGUUCUUGCAAUGACAAAAUUGCCUAACUCUGCAUUUCUUAGAACAUAUCCCUGUCGUUAAGUGACUCAUGAGUGUCAGUGUAUAGGCAUCCUUUGGUGUCCUUGGGAAAUUGGUUAUAGGACCCCCUUAAAUCUGAGGGCACUCAAGUUCCUUUCAUAAAAUGGAAGAGAAUAGUUGGGCGUUGUGGCAGGUGCCUGUGGUCCCAGCUACCUGAGAGGCAGAGGCAGGAGAAUCGCUUGAGCCCAGGAGUUGGAGGUUGCUGUGAGCUAUGAUGCCACAGCACUCUACCCAGGGUGACAGCUUGAGGCUCUGUCUCAAAAUAAAUAAAUAAGGGGCAGCACCUGUGGCUUAAGGAGUAGGGCACCGGCCCCAUAUACUGGAAGUGGUGGGUUCAAACCCAGCCCUGGCCAAAAACUACAAUAAAUAAAUAAAUAAAUAAAAUGGACGAGUAUUUGCAGAUAACCUACACAUAUCUUCCCAUAUACUUUAAAUCAUCUCUAGAUUACUUAUCAUGCUUAAUUUAGUGUGAAUGCUAUAUAAAUGGCUGUUAUACUAUAUUUGAAAUUUUGUAUUGUUUUUUGUUGUUAUUUUUUAUUGAGUUCUCACCCCCGGAUUUUUUUUUUUUUUUUUUUUGAGACAGAGUUUCAAGCUUUCGCCCUGGGGAGAGUGCCAUGGCAUCACAGC